UCUUGUUUCUCGCCGCAUCUCGCGAGAUUUUCCACGGACUAGCGAUCCGUGGUCCUAUUUUGAGCCGCAAGGUUAUUAUUUCCGCGGGUUGAUAUAAUACAAUUCGUGCAGUAAGUAAAUAAAAGUUUGGUGCGAUUCGUGUGCGGCGGGAAGCGAACCGAUCGUCGCGUGGUGCGGGCUGAAAAUGCAUUGAGUCGCGUCACCGCGCCCCAUUCAUUGCGGGAGGUGCGAAAACGAAGACGUUUGAAGCCACAACUCGGGUUGAGAGCUGCAGCCGCCGCCAUGUCUUUCAGCAGCUGAGUCGCGCGAGCACCGCCGAAUUCGUCACCGCCGCCGAUCAGCAGACGGCCUCGUCGGCCGCACAAUCCACCCAGACUUGAAUCUUGAAUGCAGAGAGGCGGGCCGAUCGAGGCGAGCAGUGAAUCGCGGAGCAUAAAAAUUUCAAAUGCGUGCGUCCCUAGGAUGGUGUGAGUGUACCAUGCUGAACACCGAAUCUGUCUGAAGCCAGUGCCGAAUCCGAGACAGCACCCAUAAUGUCUUCAACGACGACGGCAUUCGUAGACCGGAUAGACCCGUUCGCCAAGCGCUCCCUCAAGAAGAAGCAGAAAAAGUCGCAGGGUUCGUCCCGGUACCGCAACUCGGGCGACGUUGAACUCCAGCAGCUGCCCCUGCUCAAAGAUGUCCCGUCAAUGGAGCAGGAGGAUCUGUUCAUCCGCAAGCUGCGGCAGUGCUGCAUCGGCUUUGACUUUAUGGACCCGGUGGCCGACCUCAAGGGCAAGGAGAUCAAGCGCGCCUCCCUCAACGACCUUGUCGACUACAUUACCGCAGGUCGAGGAGUUCUCACCGAGCCCGUCUACCCUGAGAUUAUUAAAAUGAUCUCGGCCAACUUGUUCCGCACAUUGCCACCCAGUGAGAAUCCGGACUUUGAUCCCGAGGAAGACGAUCCUACGCUGGAGGCUUCGUGGCCACACCUGCAGCUGGUGUACGAAUUCUUUUUGCGGUUUUUGGAAUCAUCCGACUUUCAGCCAGCGAUCGGCAAACGAGUCAUAGACCAAAAAUUUGUUUUACAGUUGCUAGACCUGUUUGACAGCGAAGAUCCUCGAGAACGCGACUUUUUAAAGACGGUGCUGCACCGUAUCUAUGGCAAGUUCCUCGGUUUGCGCGCCUUCAUCCGCAAACAGAUCAACAACAUCUUUCUCAGGUUUAUAUACGAAACGGAACACUUCAAUGGUGUUGGGGAGCUGCUGGAGAUCCUGGGCAGCAUCAUCAACGGCUUUGCGCUGCCCCUCAAGGCAGAGCACAAGCAGUUCUUGGUCAAGGUGCUACUGCCACUGCACAAGGUCAAGUGCCUCUCGCUGUACCACGCGCAGCUGGCCUACUGCGUGGUGCAGUUCCUCGAGAAGGAUGCAACCCUCACCGAGCCCGUGUGUCGUGGCCUGUUGAAGUAUUGGCCCAAAACAUGCAGCCAGAAGGAAGUCAUGUUUCUAGGAGAAGUAGAAGAGAUUCUUGAUGUAAUCGAACCAUCGCAGUUUGUUAAAAUUCAAGAUCCAAUGUUCCGACAAAUUUCUAGAUGCGUCUCCAGCCCUCAUUUCCAGGUUGCUGAGAGAGCGCUGUACUUCUGGAAUAACGAAUACAUCAUGUCGUUAAUAGAGGAGAACAACCAUGUGAUUAUGCCAAUCAUGUUCCCAGCGUUAUAUCGAAUCAGCAAGGAGCACUGGAACCAGACCAUAGUGGCCCUCGUGUACAACGUGCUCAAAACCUUCAUGGAGAUGAACAGCAAAUUGUUUGACGAGCUAACGGCGUCAUACAAAACAGAGAGACAAAAGGAGAAGAAGCGAGAGAAAGAACGGGACGAGUUGUGGAAGAAGCUGUCAGAGUUGGAGUUGAACCACAGCAACAAAAUAAAAGAAUCUGGAGACUCGAAAGCAGCCGCUGGCAAGUGAUAGUCAGCGCCGCCUCCGUCGCGCCCCAUCAGCCGCCACAGCAGGUCGAGUGCCGUCGCAUCAGUAGCAGCCGGCGGCACCGAGUGUGACAUUUAAAAAAACGCAAAAACGGACCUUGGAUGUGUGACCGAGAGAGAGACUGCCAAACAAUGUCCUAAAUUAUGAUUUACCUUGCCCCGCGAGCCCUACGAGCACUCCUACCGCAGAUGAGAAAACGAAAAGAAAAAACUACUCUUAAAAAAAAACAUGAAAAAUAUCAUUAAUAGACUCACCGUGGUUAUAAAGAAAGAAAGAAAUCAACCUUACAAUUAGAUUAGGCCGUGCUUUUCUCAGCAAGUUGUUACACGAAAGAAAAAGAAAUUAAUUAACAGUUAGAUGAGUAAAAUGUGGAAAGAUGUCCUUUUUGCUGCUUUCUGUUGGAAAAGACUAUUUAUAUAAAAAGAAAUACUUGUUGAAGCCAUUAACCGAAGAAAUGCUGUAAGCCAGUGAACUUAAUUUUAACUUGCCGAAAAGACUCGUCGCCUCGGAGAUCAGUCUCUUGCUGUAUUAAGAAAACGCUGCACUACCAGAAUAUCCCAGAUUUUUUGUAUAUCGCUUGAAAAAGGAUGAGAUCCUCGAGAGAGGAAAAUACUUGUUGAAAAUAAUAAUUUUGCCAUAUCAACCAAACGUUAAGGAGGUGUGCUACCGAGGCGGCGGGCACUUGCGGAAAAGCCAGGGGGUUGGAAGCUACAAAAGGAAACAGUUAUUUUUCUUCCAAGAAGAGAAAAACACCGAGGCAAAAAUCAAUCCCCUUCCGUCAUUGUCCGUAAAAGUGUUUCUGUUUUAAAUAUAAUGUGAUGCAAUAUAAAUAACUAAAAAUACAAGAAAAUAUGUACUUGGUAAAUGGUGUAGCUCAAAUUAUUAUUAUUCUUAUUAUUGAUUAUUAUAUUUGAACCAUCAGCCGGAACAAAAUAAUUAAAAGAAAGAAAGAGCAACUACUCCCAGAUUCUUUUGUAUAUGCAAGACAAAACAAAACUAAUUAUUGCACCAACCAUGCAAGUCGCAAUCAUUCGUGUUACUUUCUUCUGUGAAAGGCAUUAUGUUCUCGUCCACUCACAAACAAACACACAUCAUUCUCACCGUUCAAUCUAGACUCGCAGACAAACGAAAGAUGUCGGUUCAUGUGCAAUCAAUCUGCCGAUCUUUGGUUUGAAAGACUAGCUUGAUCAGAAAUUGGAAAUUUAGCUUAAUGACAAAAACCAAAGGACAAAAAAAAAUUGGCUGCAAUUAUUGAUAGCCUUGUUUGAAAAUUUUUGAAAUUUUAAUUUGAUCAAAAAUUACUGUUCUGUUAAUAUUGUUGUUUGGGUUUUUGCACAAAUUAAAAUUUCCUAAUAAUUCAUAUUGGGCUACAAAUUUUUAGAAUUUUCCAACAGUCCUUUUGAUUUUGAAUUUCAUUCUAUAAACGGUGGGCCAGUCUUUUAUGAUCAAUAUCGUCUCCUCGAGUGCCAGCUUCUUUCGGUCAAUCUAUUUUUGCUGCCCAUUUUUAGUGUGUCCAAGAAAAGGCAUGUGACGAGAAAAAGUAGUGAGCCGUUUGUAAUUAAUAUUAUGUUCCCGAGACUAACCAUGUACGAGUCAUAAUUAAUUAAUUAUUCUAUUCGAAACUCCCUCAAUAUUGUACAGAGCAGAGGUUGUUUAGAUGAUUUCUCUGACUGAUGCCGCAAAGGUUUCAUUCUCUAUUUUGUCCAGCACCGCGCCAAGAUGCGUAAAAAAGAAGAAAUUCCUCCAGUAUAACCACAACUUUUCUAUAAGCCAGAGGAGUUUUUGUAUCUAAAAGUUAGACUUAUCGUAAAUAAUUGAGCAGAGCGGAUAAUAUUUUCACGGCAUUUGAAUCAAAUUUUCCUUAAUUGGUCACAUUAUUUUCCAAGGGAGUUGUUUUGUAACUGGAAAAAAAUUAUAUCGAAGACAACUCACCGCCAUUGCAUUAAUGCUAUAAUACCUGAGGAAUUAACCAAAAAUUAAAUGGAUAAAAAACUGCGUUUUUUGUUCUCAAAGUAUUUCUUACUUAAUUAAGUUUGAACAGUGGGAUGUUGGAAAAUGAAAAGUGUCUAAAGGACGGCGCGCGAUUGCUUAUUUUUCAAUUUAAAUAAUAUAGUUUUCCUCAGUCUCUCAGUUCUUGUCAAUUUUUGUAAAAACAAAGUAUAACGAGAGAAGAAGUGUGCGUGGGAUUUUUAGCGGAUUUUGAUAAAAACGUUGCAAGUUGAUUUUGGAAUAAUGAGGCUCUCUUGUGAUCGAAAGAAAGAAAGUGUUGAGUUAUAAAUAUAUAAAUCUCUGUGUCAAAGCAAAAGUUAAAGCGGUUUGAGUGUUGCAGAAAAAAGAACUAUCCAACCAAAAUAGUCUUUAGAAAAAUCACACACAAACACAACACACACAAAAACACACACUCACACGAGUUGCGAAGAAGAAAAGAAGUUAUGUAUUAUUAGUGCGGAUCUUUAAUCUACUUUCGUCCAACGUUCGCCAAGUUCAAAAUUGUUCAACAAGUUACGAUGCUUGCCAAUUGUGUACUCGUUCGUAGACCUAUCUGUUGUUGGUUUAUAAAUAAUUAAUUAUUCUUAUAUAGGUAUUCGAGAGCAAAAUGAAAAAAAGAACCACCUAUUAAUUUUUUUUUCUUUUUUUUAAUUUGUGGGAGAAAUGUGUAAUUUAUUAUACGCUUUUUGUCGUGCAUGCUGUACCGAACGAACGAAAGGGACGUUGGCUCUCGAGUUCACUGAAACAAGCUAAUUAAGAGAGACUUUUGACAAAGAAGAAGUGCUUAAGAAGAACCUUAGUGAGUGCUGAAAAACCGGUUUUUAAUCUAAUUAAACUAUAAUGUAUUUGCGUAUGUAAUAUGUGAUGAUUUUGUUCUACGAGAGACGACUUUUCCUCACUUUCCGAGAGUGCCAACGUCCUCGCUUUCUCCUCAGUUGUCUGUUGAUCCAAUUUUCAAAAAAAAAAAAAAAAAAAAAAUGUUUCAGAACGCGCGAUGAUAAUUUUUUUAAACCACCGUUGUGAAUGUUUAUUUUUUCUGAUAGUCGAGAGUUGCUUUGAGCCGACGCGAUGAGAAUUUCGUUUGGAAAAGUAAAAAAACCGCAAACCCCAUUUCCCCUUCAUAAGCAGAGGACUCUUGUGUAUUAAACGACGUUAUUGCCUUAGGAACUGAAUGCUGCCUCUCUUUUGCUCUCGUUGGUUGAAAAAGAAAGAAAAAUCCGAUGCAUUGUACUUUUCAGUUUUCCGUAUUGUAUUUCAGGCAGAAUAUUACAGUGAUGAGAUGUAUGUUAUUCAGUGAACUCACUAUUCACACAAUCGACAAAACAAAAGGAAAGAACGCUGCUCCUUUUUCUGUACUUACUACUUCACUUGUUAUCUUUUAGGGUCGGAGAAGAUAAAUUCAUUUAUUUGAUUGCUUGUGUCGACAAUGUAUGUACGCCAAAUGAAUGAAAAAUGAGAAUUUACUAACUGAAGCAAUUCGUAAUUUAGUUUGUUGGUUUUUGAAUAAAACAUAGUUUUUUUGUUUACUGAUAAUUUUAAUGUGUAUAAAAAUAAUAAAAAUAUAAGUGAACUCUCA